AUGAAAGACAUAAGCUGGCUGAAGGCAGUAGUCAGGGUACAGGGGAUUCAGGCAGGUGAGGCAGCUGCCAGGACAAUAGCCCCUCCACAUGUUCACAGCCGGGUGGUGGGGCAGACGGGCCUCUACACAAACGAGUUUUCACUUUCUCUUCCUUUUUACUCUUUAUACCAAGAAAAUUUCCCAUAUUUCAAGAAUGCACCCGGAGGAUGGAAGAAUUCUGUUCGACACAAUUUAUCCCUAAAUAAAUGUUUUGAGAAAGUGGAGAAUCCUAAGCUGGCUGGCACUUCACGGAAAGGCUGUCUGUGGGCACUUAAUCCGGCUAAAAUUCCUAAAAUGGAAGAGGAAAUUGCCAAAUGGGAAAAGAAAGAUCCUCAGGGCAUCAGAAACAGCAUGGCUAAACCAGGUAGGAAUUCUUUCAUUUUGGAAAAUCUAUCCCAAAAAAAAAAGUUUUUUUCUUGUUAA